UCUUUAUUAGGGGAAGCAGUGUUGCCCCGCUGGAAGUCGCCAUGAGCAUGAUUGAAGCCCCUGCCUGCUCUUGCCCUGAGCCUGUUUGUGGGACUCUGCCAGAUGAAUUCCUGCAACACAUCCAACAAGGGAACCUCACGACGAUCAAGGAAUGGCUGGCAUCUGAGGGCGACGUGAACUCUGCAACCACAGCCGGUCACACUCUGCUGUCUGCAGCCUGUAUCUACAACCAGUUGGAGCUGGUGCAGAGGCUCCUGAAGGACCCACAGCUCCACCUCAACACCAAGCACAGAAUAGGGACACUGAGUGGACUGACGCCCUUUUGCAUCGCGGCUUACAAGGGCCUUCAAGACAUUGUUUUGGCCCUGCUGGAGUCUCCUUCUUCUUCAGCUGCUGAGUGCCGGCUCAACGUGGAGGCGACCUCGAGCCGAGGCAAAAGUGCUAUUAGAUUGGCAGCCGAGAAGAAGCACUGGGAUGUUGUGGAUUCCUUAGCUGCCCUCAAUUCCUCUCUUCCAGCUGAAGACUCGAUCAUCGUCACUAACCUGGCGAAGUUUGCGAACAGAUUCAACGUGGUAAAGCUCCUACACAUGCAGAAGGAUAGGGCUGAUCUGUCAGACCACUAAUGAAUAAGAUAAGUUACGAACACACAGUUUCCUAAUCUUGAAAGGCUACAGUCGUGACUUCCUCUCACAGGAAGACUCGUCCAUACCGGCUUCGGAGAGGGUCUACGCCAAUGACACGAGCCCUCGCGGCCUCGUUCUGAUCCUGAAUUACAAGUUCGAAGGCCAUCCCAAAAUGGAGAGAAAGGGCACGGAGGCUGACGUCGCUCUCCUGCAGGAGGUCUUCCACGGAAUGGACUACGUCACGGAGGUUCACUGCGACUUGUCGCUGUCCGGCACCCAACAGGAGCUCGCAAACUUGUGUGAGCAGGACCGCCUGAAGGACUUCAGCUGCGUCGUCGUGGUCGUCUUGACUCACGGCGAGAAUCAAAACACCUUUUGCACGGCAGAUUUAAACCCGAUGACCACCGACGACCUUCUCUCGUACUUCGUCCCAAGCCGGUGCCCUCACCUGAAAGGCAAGCCCAAGAUAUUUCUCCUCCAGUUCUGCCGCGGCGUCUACAUGGCCAAUCAGGUGAACAUGGGGCAGCGGGUGAAGUCAGACUUGGUUCGCCCAAGAAGAGAUGCCUUCACGGACAUGCUUUGCAUCUACGCUG